UGUCCCCUGCCAGCACUGAGCCGCUGUCGGGCGGCGGGGACGCGGGGCCCGCGGGGGGCGCGGGGAGCGGCCGGGACCCCAGACGCUGCUGCCGAAUGGAUCCGCAAGGGCAGCUUCAUCCACAAGCCGGCGCACGGCUGGCUGCACCCAGAUGCCCGGGUCCUGGGGCCCGGGGUCUCCUACAUCGUGCGGUACAUGGGCUGCAUCGAAGUCCUCCGUUCCAUGCGCUCCCUGGAUUUUAACACUCGCACCCAGGUUACCAGGGAAGCCAUCAACCGCCUGCAUGAGGCUGUGCCCGGCCUCCGGGGCUCCUGGAAAAAGAAGGCCCCCAACAAGGCGCUGGCCUCCAUCCUGGGCAAGAGCAACCUGCGCUUUGCCGGCAUGAGCAUCGCUGUCAACAUCUCCAUCGACGGCCUCAACCUCUCGGUGCCCGCCACGCGCCAGACCAUCGCCAAUCACCACAUGCAGUCCAUCUCCUUCGCGUCCGGUGGUGACACAGACAUGACGGAUUACGUGGCCUAUGUCGCCAAGGACCCCAUCAACCAGAGAGCUUGCCACAUCCUGGAGUGCUGCGGGGGCCUCGCCCAGAGUGUCAUCAGCACCGUGGGCCAAGCCUUCGAGCUGCGCUUCAAGCAGUACCUGCACAGCCCCCCCAAGGUGGUCAUGCCCCCGGAAAAGUUGACUGGGCUGGAAGAUUCAGCCUGGGGGGAUGAGGAAGUAGCAGAACACAAUUACUACAACAGCAUCCCCGGGAAGGAGCCGCCCCUGGGCGGGCUGGUGGACUCACGGCUGGCCCUGUCACAGCCCUGUGCCCUGGGCACCCUGGGCCAGGGAGCAGCUCCUGUUCGAAGAGACACCCGUGGUGUGCUGUGGGACGUGGGACCCUCAGGAACAGCCCCACCGGGGGACGGCUACGUGCAGGCGGACGCCCGCGGCCCCCGCGACUACGAGGACCACCUGUACGUCAACAUGGAGGGUCUGGAAGCCCCGGAGCUAGAAGCGGCAGUGCCCCCGCAGCCUGAGGACAGCCCCCAGAAGGACCUGUUCGACAUGCGACCCUUUGAGGAUGCUCUGAAGCUCCAUGAGUUCUCGGUAGCUGCGGCGCCCCCUCCCUUGGAGGACCAGUGGCCCAGUCCCCCUACCCGCCGGGCUCCCAUCGCCCCCACGGAGGAACAGCUGCGGCAGGAGCCCUGGUACCACGGCCGCAUGAGCCGCCGGGCGGCAGAGAAACUGCUUCGAGCCGAUGGGGACUUCCUUGUUCGUGACAGCGUCACCAACCCCGGGCAGUACGUGCUGACCGGCAUGCACCUGGGGCAGCCCAAACAUCUGCUGCUGGUGGACCCCGAGGGCGUGGUGCGGACAAAGGAUGUGCUGUUUGAGAGCAUCAGCCACCUGAUCGACUACCACCUGCAGAACGGGCAGCCCAUCGUGGCGGCCGAGAGUGAGCUGCACCUGCGUGGCGUGGUCAAGAGGGAGCCCUGAGCCAGG